GUUUUUUUUAAUAGAAUUAAAAUUCACGUGACUACUCGACCAAUCAAAAGCAAUUAUUCUAGGUAGAAACAUUUGAAAAUGUCUUUACACAAAAGUUGACUUUGGUUCUAAGAAAAAAAUAAUAAUAAAUAGUUUCACAUUCUAAAAUACUUCGCUCCUAGUCAGACAAACUAGUCCGUGACAAAAACACAAAUUCUGCAAAAUACACAUCAGUCUCUCGAUUUACAUCCCAGUUUCUCUUGUCAGUGACCCAAGAAAUAAACUGUCACUAUCUGUAUUCUCCUGAAAUAAUAUUUUUAAAACACACAAUCUACACUUAAUAGAUUUCAUUACUACUAGGCAGUGAAACAAUCAGAGUUUUAAAAUGAAUAAAUCAGUCAUCAAAAAUGCUGAUAUGUCGAGUCAAAUGCAGAGACACGCUCUAACAAUUGGCACUGAAUCGGUACGGAAAUUUGAAUUAGAAAAGGAUAUAGCCGACCAUUUGAAGAAGGAAUUUGACACGAAGUAUGGACCUACAUGGCAUUGCAUAGUUGGCAAAAAUUUUGGAAGUUCUGUAACACAUGAACCAGAUAGUUUCAUUUACUUCUUUGUUGAGAAGUAUGCUGUAUUACUCUACAAAUCAGGAUAA